AUCACCCAACCGUUUGUUCGCCACCUUUAGGAUUUAGCUGAUUGCCUCCCUGGAUCUGUUUGGCCCCCACCAAUUUCCAUUCUUCAUUCCUCUCUAAAUAUAAUCACCGUAGAAAUUGAGAGAAGAUAAAACCUAACAAGCCAUACUUUCCUAAUUCACAAAAAAAAAAAAAAAAAAAAGUUGCAGAACAUGGCUUCCACGAAGGUGAUCGCCACCUUGUUCAUGGCUGCCCUCCUCCUUAGCUCCUGCGGAGCUACCUCCCGCCCUGGCCCGGCAGAAGCUCCUGAUGUCGUCGUUGUUCCGGCCGACGUGACCACUUCUGAGGAGAGUUUCGAGGGACAUACGUUCGAUCCCAUGAUCGACCGGCUCGAUCCUGCUUCCUUUGCUGCCAGCACCUCCCACAAGCUGGUGGAAGGACAUGAUACGGUGGAGCAAGAUCUGUGCGAAGGGCUGGGAGAAAAUGAUUGCUUGACGAGAAGAACUCUAGAAGCUCAUCUCGAUUACAUCUACACCCAGGAACAUAAUAAUUAAUGAGCCAUGCAUGAACAUCAAUUUUUUUUUUUCUGCCUCCCAGAAACAUAAUAAGAUUGCUCAGAAGUUGAUCUUCUUCGUUUAGUAUUUUAUUCUAUAUCAUCAAAAUAAAGGUUUUCUGUUAUGAACGGAGUGACGAGGGAUAUUGUAUGGUUUCACAUGUUUUGGACUUCUCAGUUUCAUUUCGAGCCACAGGGCCAAUGCUGGGUCUCAGGGGCUGGUUGGACCGGCCUGCUCUUAGUUUUCAUUCACCUUCGGCUAGAACUUUUACCCAAUUCGUCAACUUUGGACGCGAACAUCAGGCACUACUGUGUGCGCGGUUGAAUUUAAGUUGAGGGUGGGAUGACAAUUUGGACUCGUCUUCUGAAUAUUAUUAGACUGAUUCACGAUGGCGAGGAUAUUAUCUGAUUUGCAGUAGCGUGAGUCGGAGCAUGAAUAUCUACUUCAUAUCCGUCUUGCUCCAUCUCAUGUCGGCCCACUUUAUCUCGGUUGCUUACAAUAUCUAUUCAUAUUUCUCCUGCUUUGGUUUUUCUUCAACUAGUUAACUCAAUUACACAUUCUAUUAUCACUAUUUUACAUUCAUAACGUUUUUUAAAUUCCUACACUACCUUGAAGUUAUUGUAACUUCAUGUUUUUGACCUUUUAUAAUAGGUUUCACAAGUCGCAUUACGUAAAAUACAAUAGGUAUUACGUAAUGGUUAUGUAAGGAUAAACAUAGUUGAAAAAUGUUAUUACGGAAACCUUACGUAAUAGACACUUAUUUUACGC